GCUAGUCACUUAAGUUGGUUCAACUUUUGGAAUGAAUAAUUACGGUCACAGCCUUUUAUUCCUUAGCUAAUAAAAGAAGAGUAUUCUACUGGAAGUUCCCACUUCGUUUUUGCUGAUAGAGAAUAUCUCAAAUACAACAUUAAUAAUAACAAAACUUUACCAUUUCAAAUUAAAAAGAUCUAAAAAGGAAGAAAAUCAACGUCCCAGCAUGUGUAUCUUGGUAAAGAUCCGGUUUAAACUUUUAAUUACUCAAGCAUGCCAAAAAUAAAUGUCAUAGGACGGACCUAUAUGAAAAUGGUAAUAAAAUAUUUGAUAUAAUUAUCCGAUUUUCUUUCUCAUAUUAGUCAUGAGAAUUUCUUCAUAAACAAACAAUAACUCCACAUCUACUUGUUUCCACUCAUUAAUUUUUUCCUCAUUUUUUUUUGUCAACUCUAUUAGCUCUUUCAUUUGAUUCAAUGGAACCUUUUGCUGAAUUGGGUUGUAUUUUGAAAGUGGACGUUCAUUGCGAUGCAUGCAAGAUGAAGAUGGUGGAUGUUUUGAGUUCUAUAUGCGGAGUUUAUUCUGUCACAAUAGACUCUGAGGAUGGGACAGCCAAAAUUUCUGGUGAAGUCGAUCCGAACCUCCUCUUGAGGGCAUUGUCAAGAUCAGGACUUGGCAACCAUGCAGAGGUGCAAUGGGUGAGACUUAAGCACCCAAUGUUGAGCAAUAGUCAUAUGGCUGAUGGAUAUGGCUCCUAUAAUCAUGGAUAUGGCUCUUAUAGUCAUGGACAUGGUUAUAAUAACAGUUAUGGCCACGGCUAUGGCCAUGGCCAUGGCUAUAGUUCUAUCGGUGGUCCUUUUAGGCAAAGAAGGUCGUUGCCUGAAUAUAAUUAUGGCUAUGAUGGACACCACAAUUACCAAUAUCCUUUUAGGGGCAUUGCACAAGACUCAUACGCCACAAACUAUUACUCUGGUGCCCUGCCAUCACCUAGGCCGUACAACUAUUAUAUGUAGAGAAUUGGAGAGAUACUUAAUGGCUCGUCGGCUUUCCACCAUGACAGCAAGAAGUUGUUUGCGCGAUCAUUUCUUCUUAAUGAUGUUUAUUAGGGAACAUUUAUAUAUUUAAAGGGUUGCUAUAGUUGAAUAGCAUCUUUUUAGUUCAAAGUUAA